AAUCCCGACGGACGGGCUGUCGGUUGGAGGCGGUUGCUGUGGAAAAUAUACGUAAAUCAUCGUCGUCUUCAUCGUAUUCGCUGGGAAUAAUCUAGACGACCCGGUCAAAGCCUUUACGGCGCAAUUAUACGAUAAUAAUUGCCGGUACUCGGUCCGGUUCGCAUCGGCCGCGCACCGUUUCGGCUGAAGGCCAUUUUGUACGAGACGCACCGAAGGACCGACGUCUCGUCGUCGCGCACCGCAAAACCACGUUGUACACACACGCGAUUCAUACGGCAUCAGACAGUGUUUACACGCGCAAGCGUCAGUCGACGUUUAGAUGAUCCUGGAACCAGUUAACUUGCCGGUCUACAACGGGUCUGACAAUUUUUUUCGUCUCAGAAAUAUUUUCUUAGCGUUUAUUCACCCUCCGACCACCGAUCCCCUCCCCCCAGAAAAAGUUGUCUCGUUUUAUCUUUUAUUUAUUCGAAUCUAUUUUUUUUCAUAAGAUUGUUUUAUUGUAAACAAAAUAUUCUAAAACCACACAUUCCAUAUCUCUAUAGGUGUAGAUACCACCGUAUUAUAUUUAUAACGCGUACUUACAUCAUAUCGGAGCGUGGCACGGGCCGCGUAUAACGCACUCUGCUAAGACGACAGCAAAGACUUUUUUUCCCCCGAUCGGAAUAGACAUUUUUCUCGUCGACAGCGGAUACGUUCGCAAAAAUUAUUAACGUACGCAAAAUUCUAUUAUACAAAGACGACGACGCCACCGCCGACAACAAAAAAUUGCGCAGGUCGCCCGCGUUCGCGGACAUACAUCUCGGCGGCAUCACAUGCACUUUAAAGACGAUCGACGUAACACCGAUCGUAUUGAAAAACCCACGAUGGUCAUCAUGAAAAGCCUAAAGAUUUUUCUGAAACGUUUCCGACAUGGUUUGAUAUGGUCGAUGCUGAUAGGAGUUUUCGCACUCGUUCUGAGUACACUAAUCGCCGUGUUCGAUCCAUAUAGAUUACUACUCAACUGGAAACUCGUAAUGGUCGAAGGUGGCGAAGCGUUCGAGUUGUGGAAAACACCACAAGCAGCAGUUUACGUAAAAGUAUACAUAUUCAACGUAACAAACCAUGAAGAAUUCUUGGCCGGGAUAGACAAAAAAUUGCGGUUUCAAGAAGUUGGCCCAUACAUCUACAGGGAAAAAAUGGAACAUAAUAACAUAACGUUUAAUGAUAACGGUACGUUCACAAUAACACCUGGAUUUUCGUUGAGAUGGGUGCCUGAACUGAAUACUGUUACAGAAGACGACGUGUUGAUACUACCAAAUAUCGCCCUUUUAGGUUUUGCCAAUUUUUUCGCAGAUACUUCUUUGAUUACCAGGAUGAGCGUCAAUCUACUUAUUCAUCAAACGAAAUCCACAGCAUUCCUCAGGCAAACGGUUAAGGAAUUCCUGUUCAAUUAUGAUAGUCCAUUAGUGUCUAUAGGCCACAAGUUCUUGCCAUCCUGGAUAUCGUUUGACAAGUUGGGAAUUCUAGACAGAAUGUACGAUCUCACCGGUGACAGCACAACGAUAUUUACUGGCUCAGAUGACGUAUCCAAAUCCGGAACCAUAGACAAUUACAACGGGAGACCAUAUCUGCCUCAUUGGCCAUCGCCGCCUUGCAAUCAAGUGUCGGGUUCUUCGGAUGGUACCAAGUUUCCAUCAAUGUCAAGCAAUGACACAGAAGUAUUGUUUUUCAGUAAGACUAUCUGCAGAGCAAUUCCGAUGGUGAGAUCGAGUGAGCUGAUAAUACAUGACGGUAUACCAGUGCACAAAUAUAUUUUCAAAAACGGAUCAUUUGACAACGGUGCCGACAACCCGGAAAAUAAGUGUUUUUGUCGUUAUAACAAAUGUUUGAAAUCAGGACUGAUGGAUGUCACCGACUGUAGUUAUGGUUUUCCUAUCGCAUUAUCUGCUCCUCAUUUUUACAAGUCCGAUCCAUCGUUAUUAAACGCCGUCGAAGGAUUGAAUCCUGUUGAAAAACUACACGAAUCCCAUUUUCUUAUCAACCAGGAAUCGGGUACGCCCACACAAAUGUACCUCAGAAUGCAAAUUAACAUUCCUGUAGGUGAGGUAUCGACCAUGGCAAACUCGGAACGUUUCAGCAACUUGGUCGUACCAUUGGUUUGGUCAGAGAUUGCAUUCGAUACGCUGCCGAGGCACUUGCUGAUCAGAUUCUUCGUGUACCUUAAUUUCGGGCCGAUCUUUUUCGUCGUGCUCAAGUACUUGCUGCUGGUCGUCGGCGUGGCGUUCGUCACCCUAACCGUGAUCACGUCGCUGUACAUGACCAUCGACAACGAACUCGAGUACCGCGAGUCGUCGGCGUGGCGCCACGAGAACCAGACUCUGAUGGACGGCGUCCAGCGGCGGGACGCGACCCGGACCGACACCGAUACCCGUCGGCCGACAAGGAGAUGAACACGCCACAGUCACAACUCGCUGUUGGAAGGCGACGGUGCGGUCUCGGCUCGGUUCGACGACGACUCGUCCGUACACCCAGGCCGAUCGCCGUGCACGAGUUGAGAUCGCUCCUGGACAGUUGCACCGAGUAUGACUACUACGACGACGACGACGACAAAAACCACCGAAUCGUGUACAUAUAGUCUUUGCCCGGUCGGGGCAAACGGCACGCGCGAUAAACAUUAUAUAUUAUUAUUAUUAUUAUCAUCGUUAUUAUAUUAUAUUUUACAGUACGAUCUGAUGUGACACGACAGCAUUUUGUAAUGAUAUUAUAUACACAUUAUUAUAAUAAACACAUAUUUAUAUAUAUAUA